GUAUUUUGAAGAAGUCAUGCAGUGAUUAUUUUCCUCUGUGAGUGGGAGAGAGAUGACACAUGGUAAUUUGAAAGGGAGUUUCCCACAGACAGAAAAAUACUGAAAGGCCCUGACAGGUGUGUUUACCCUGAGAGGGUGAGCUGCAGACACCUCUGUCAGCAGGUUCAACAUGGCUGUCUUGUUCUGGGCUUUAUCUCUGAAUAAUUAGGACAUGAUGUGGAAAGAUCUGACCCCGUUGGAUGCAGAAUUCAGCGUCUGGCGUGUGUGGAUGUUUGUGUUCAGAUAAAAAACUCUGAAGGCCGUUUUUUUCUCCUAAUCUGCGCUAAAAGAUUACUGAUGUGUCCUUGUUCAAGUAUUUCUGUUGCUUAUCUUGUACUAAUGACGGCCUGCAGGUAUGUUUGAGUGAACAGACAUGGAAGGACGCUGGAGGAGGGGGGAGGAGAGGGCAGAGAAGAGCCGUAGCUCUUCCAGUUAACUCUCUGACCCCCUUCAAAGUGACUUCAAGGAUCAUAGACGAGUGUGUCGGUAUUACCCAACAGUGCGCCAACUCAAUGAACCAAAACCACAGUCGACUACGUCAGCAUGUUUCAGGUGAAGAUGUCGACUUUAACUUUCAAUUAUGACCAAGAAUAAAGGAGAGGUUUAAAGUGAUGCCUCUGGGGACUAUGAACGUCUUCAGCAGUAGUUAGUGAACUACAGUACAGGCCAAAAGUUUGGACACACCUUCUCAUUUAAUGCAUUUUCUUUGUUUUCAUUACUAUUUAAAUUUUAGAUUCUCAAAACUAUGAAUGAACACAUGUGGAAUCAUGUGCUUAAGAAAAAAGUGUGAAAUAACUGAAAACAUGUUUUAUAUUUUAGAUUUCUCAAAAUAGCCACCCUUUGCUUUUUUGAUAGCGCUGCAAACUUUAGCUGUUCUCUCAAUGAGCUUCAUGAGGUAGUCACCUGAAAUGGUUUUUACUUCACAGGAGUGCCUGAAGUAACCCUGACAAGGUACUUCUGUCAUCAAGAGCAAAGGGUGGCUAUUUUAAAGAAACUAGAAUAUAAAACAUGUUUUCGGUUAUUUCACACUUUUUUUGUAAGUACAAAAUUCUACAUGUCUUCAUUCAUAGUUUUGAUGCCUUCAGUGAUAAUCUACAAUGUAAAUAGUCAUAUAAAAAAAUAAAGAGAAGACAUUGAAUGAGAAGGUGUGUCCAAACUUUUGGCCUGUACUGUAUGUCGAUUAAAUGUUGUCAGUAUGAGGUUGAGGUUAAAUCGGGUUUAUGCUGGUAACACCGUACAAAUACCAGAGUCACCAAAGUCAGAAGGGUUCAUCCUCUGGGGAACACCAACACUAUAAAAAAGUCAAUGACACUCUUUAUUCAAUAGUUGACCUGUCAAGUUACUGGAAGUCUAAAGGGUUCAUCCUCUGAGGACAGUCAGUGUCAAACAAACUCCAGAAAUGAAGUUUUAAUCCCCGAGUGCUAACCUCUUUUUUGUGUCAGACGUCAAGUUAAAAAGCCUCUGAAGUCGGUUUGGUUCAUCCACUGGGGAGCAUGAAUGUUGCUUCAAACUGAAACCAGUCUAUGUCAAAGUAAUCCUCAUCAGUAACCGAGAAAAAUUAAGGAGGUUCAUGAAGUCACAGGAAUUAUCCAACUGGGGAUCAUGAUAAAGGGUGAGAUAAUCUCUAAAGGGUUUAACCUCUUAGGGACAUGAACACGAUUUCAGACCAAGGAGUUAUCUUCACAUUUCAUUGAUCGGUAACCAACAAUUUCAUCCUCUGAGAAACAGCAUGAAGGUCACCAAGGUUAGAAAGAUUUAUCCUCUGGGGAUCAUGAAUGUCUACUCAGAUGAAUCCUGAAGGUGCCAGAGGUUUGACCUUCAACACCGAGAACAUGUCCAAAUUUAGGUGGGAUCAUCCUCUGAGGAACAUAAAUUGAAUUUAAAGUGAGAUAAAUCUGUCCUAAAAAUUGGUGUUUGUCCUCUGGGGAUCAUGAAUAUCUGUUUUAGUUUCAUUUCUACCAUCUCAAAGUUUAUAUGUUUGAAGGUUAAAGGUAAAUCUUGACCUUUAGCUGCCAGACAAAAAGCUAAGAUCACUAAAGUCAGCGUGGUUCAUCCUCUGAGGAGCACCAAUAAUACUUAAAACUGAAAACUGUCCCUAUAUACGUUUUUUUUUCUCCUUUCUCCAGGAAUUGUUCGUCUUUAAAGCGAUGGAGGAUGAAUAAUGAGGGUCUGUCGUCUGGGGAGCAUGAAUGUCAGAUCAGAUGUUCCUCCAGAGGCUGAACCGAACCGCAGCAGAGGCUCAACAAUGUGAGUAAAAACAACACCAAUGAUGGCGAGCGAACAAUAGCGUUGUGGUGGACACGUCUGUUUGAUGAAUGGGUGUUUUCAGCAGCGCAGGAAGUCGCGUCUAUAUAAGGACUCUGCGGCCAACGCCCCGAACUCUAAUAAGCACGUGCGGGCAGAGUCCUCGCCACAGCAUGGGGGGAGGGCGUGGACCAAUCAGAAGCUGCGGUGUCGUUAUCAUCAGCACCUCUGGCUCUGGGAAGAAACUAUUGAUGCAUCCUGACAAAAACACUGAUGUGUUUCUACAGGCCGCCAUGUCAUCGCCAUCAUCAUCAUCAGAUUAAUCAAUUGUAAUCAGCGCCCGGUCCGCGCGUGUGUGUGUGUGUGUGUGUGUGUGUGUGUGUGUGUGUAUAUGUGUGUGUGUGUCUAAUUUGGUCUACUGACUGUCUAAUCUGAUAAACGCUCGGAGCAGAGGACCACGCUGUUUGGUCCAGGACAUCACACACUUUUAAUCCACGUGUGCGCUGACGCCACCGGCGAGGGUCUGCAGCCUGUAAUAACCACAAAACCACACAGAUAACGCUCCGGGUUUGAGCCCCUGAUUUUAUUAAAUGAGCUCUGGGAGGCCUGGAGAGAGAGAGAGAGAGAGAGAGAGAGAGAGAGAGAGAGGGAGAGAGAGAGGGAUGGGAGGAGGAGUGGUAGUGGACAGGAGGAGUAGGAGGAGGAGGAAUAGUUUGGAGAGCCGGGUGAAGUUAGAGUAACUCCAGAUAGACAGAUAGGAGCUCAGAGAGAGAGAGAGAGAGAGAGACAGAGAGGAAAAAUGCACAAAGUCUGAUUUUAACGUUUAAAACAGACAUGAAGAUAUUUUAGAAAUGAGCAGAAGAAGCUUAAGUUAAAUUAAAUUGUUUUUAGUUUUCAUUUGUGCAUUAUUUAGAUUUUUUAAACAGUUUUUCCAGCGAAUAUUUAGUCAGAGUGUGUGUGUAUGUGUGUGUGUUUUUUUGUAUAUGUGUGUGUGAUAUAGUAAACCAUGGAGCUGGAGCGUUUAGGUGGCAGCGGGGUUAAACCCGAGAAGGACAACAGUCGUCUCUACAGGGUGGCUCUGGCCAUGUGUGUGUGCGUCUGCGCCGCUCUGCUGCUCACUCUCAUUCUGGGUAAGUCCUCUGCAAACACUGACUCUUCUUCUUCUUCUUCUUCUUCUUCUUCUUCUUCUCCUGCAGCCGAGUUAUAAUUUGUGAGGAAUUUGGCAGAAAUGUUUCAUACAGUAGGAACUCAGAUUAUAGUACAUGCAGACUGUAAAUACACACUGAAGGAGCAAAGGUCUGUGUGGAGGGAUCGCAGCCACGGCGGGUAACUCGUGUCAAACUAUUUUUGGUUCAUAUAGGGUUUCAUACACGCCCACGUAAACAUGCAGAACCUCGGACUCAGAACCGCCAAACUGAACUCUGGGAAAGGAGGAAAGAAUGUGUAUGUUGACACUUUGUGGGUAUUUGUUUCCUGCAGUAUGUGAAAUUAAUUAAGGGGGAUUGUUUGGAGGACAAUGGGUGGGGUGUGUGCGUUUCUUUAUUUCCAAGGAGGGUGUAAUUAACACGGACGUUUUGAAAUACAGCGAGGGUCAGAUCGACUUUUAAUUUCCGCCUAUUGUCCGACUGUAAGCAGACGUAAAAAUCAUUAAAAAGACGAGAGACAAUUUAAAAGUUUAUCAACUUUAAAGAGUUUUGACUAAUUUACACUACAGGCCAAAAGAGUUGGGAGUAACUUCAAGUUUCUGUUCACAACGAUUUUUUAAAAUCCAGCAUGAGUUUUAUGUAUUUUGGGAUGUAUUUACUCCAUGAUCAGAUGUUGCUUUCAUGGGAAUGCACCAUUUUACUCCAUUUACCUUUAGAUAUACAUUGAUGUUAACAGACCGUUGCUAAAUAUAUGUCAGCAAAAGAUAAUAAGGGUCGAAAACAUUUGCAAGAGUCACAACUUCAGUGCAAAAGCAAAAAAAAAAAAACAAAUCACAGUUGGAUUAUUCACUUCAACUUUUUGUCUUUUGAGAGUCUGCAGACAAAAUCCUAAUAAAUCUCAACUGUGUUCAAACUACAGCAAACAUGGGUAGAAAGAAGCAACUGAGUAAAGAAACAAAAGUGCAGAUUUGUACAUCGAGGAAAGAAGGAAACACAGAAAGAGAAAAACGCCUAAAGGUGUUUAACAAAGGAGUCCACUCCACUCUGAAGAGACGAGAGGAACCUGGAAGUUCUGAUGAUAGAAAAAGACCUGGACGAAAGAGAGUUACUACAAAAGCAGAGGAUAAACAUAGCAUUGUCACCAGGAAGAGAGAUCGGCGAAAGACAGCACCAAAAAUAAGGGAGGAAAUCAACAUGACAAGGUCGAAACCCACAUCUCUGAGAACCGUGAUGUUUGAGAAAGGCUGGUCUGAAGGGUUGUGUAUCUGCAAAAAAACACGACUUCGUCCACAGAACAAGAAAAAGAGAUAUGAGUGGGCAAAAACUCACAAAAAUUGGACUAAUGAUGAUAGAAACAAGUUUGAACUGUUUGGUUCCAAACUCAGAGUCUAUGUCCGCUGACAAACUGGUGAACGUCUGAAAGCUCCAUGUGUUUCACCCACAAUUCAGCAUGGAGGUGGUAGUUCUAUGGUAUGGGGAUGUUUAUCAGGUGAUGGAGUAGGAGAUUUGUUUGAAGUAAAGGGUAUCAUGAAGAAGGAACAGUACCACUCCAUCCUCCAGCACCAUGCUGCUCCAUCUGGACUCAGACUUGUGGCUCAUAAGUUUGUUUUGCAGUGAGACAAUGACCCUAAGCUCUCUGCCGAGCUCUGUCAGGGUUACCAAGACAAAAAAGAAGAGGAAGGUGUUCUUCAAAAGAUGGUUUGGCCCCCUCAGUCUCCAGACCUUUCUCCUACUGAGCUUGAGCGGGACGAAUUGGAUCGAUCGGUCAGAAAAACUCGUCCCACGAAUCAGCGUCUCUUUUUAAUGAACUUAAGAAAGCUUGAAUGUAAUCCCUGGAACAGACCUUAGAAAACUUGGUGAACGAAUGCCAGAGGAGGUUACUUUAAAGAAAGUCUAACAACAAAAACUCAAAUACCUCAGAAUUAUAGUCAAAAUGUCUUCUGAUAAGUUACUCUUUACACAAUAGUCAUGUUUAUUGUGUUGUAAAUUAUAUAAAUGAAACUAUGAUCUUUUUUUGUACUAAUCUGAUCUUCCAAACUUUUGUCCUAUAGUGUACUUAUUUAGUCCAACAGAAGACAAUAUUAAAGCUCCUAUAAAGAACUUUUUCAUCUUGAUUUUGGCGCCCCCUGUGGACAAAGGGGCACCUCUUACAUUUUUGCUGAUUUUGUCCUACACAUUUGUUAGUUGGUCGUGCAAAAUGUUGCAGAUAGUUUGAUAAUAAAUUGAAAAUAGUGCGAAGAAAAUGUGUUGAAAGUUGAAUCUAAAAAUGUGUUUUAUCAAAAAUUCACCUUUUUUUGUAACACAAUACUAAAAAGUUGACAACAAGCACUAAAAAAGUUGAACAAAAGUGUCUGAGUUCAUCGAUUUCAGGAUAAUUUUUCUGUCUGGAAUUACAAAUAAAAAUUUGAUGAUUUUUUUAAAACAUUGAUCAGAAACCCUGAGGCGUCACUGCGUUAGAAGCAGACAUGACUCUGGAGUGGAAGUCACCGCACUCCGCCCUCCAAAAAACAGUGUCUGUGAACGGUGUGUUUCUGCGUCUGUAAGAGCAGGUUAAAGUUGAGUAAACCGUCUGUAAACAUGACCCAGUCACACACUUGGACCGGGUCAGUGUGGUACGUCAUCUAAACCCGUAACCAUUAACAGACGGUUCUGAGACGCCCUGAAAAACGUCACUCAGGCUGAAUGUUUCAUUUUUAAAGAGACACAGAAAACCCUGAAAAUGAAAACCGCACUUUGAUUUCUUGGAGUUUCAGUCGAUGAGUCGAAUGAACUCGAAACUCUGUGAGUCAUAAACCGGCGAAGCUCAGGCCGAAGUAAGAAAUCCAAGAGUUAGAAACUACCCCCUUAAUAAGUUUGUUAACACUCUUUAAAAUAAAUCUACUUUUCUUUUUUUUCUUAAUACGACAGUUUAAACCAAGUGUGAAGAGUUUUUAACUUGGAGUAAAACAAAAUUUCUCUGUAAACGGACAAAAAAUCAUAUUCAAAAGUCAAAUUUUCCGUUUCUUUUCUCAAACUUUCUCAGUGAGGAGUUUAUAACUGAAAAGGUCAACAGGAUCAGCUGCUAAGACUAAAGAUCCUCCAAAGAGUCUAAAUCCUGAAUCUGGAUCCAUCAAAAUCUGAUCCCUCUAAAACUCAAAGAGAUAUUUAUCUUUAUCUCUGCUGAUGAAAAUACAAACAGGAAAAAAGGAAAACUUCUUUUUUUGUUACUUGUGUGACUUUCAGGGACUCCACAGACUCACAGGAAGUUCCCUCACGCCAAGGUCAGACUUCACUUAAUAACCACGUCUGCUGCUCAGUCCAGCAGGAUCUCAGGACCUGAUGACCUCGAACUAUCGAUCGCUUUAUCCUGCGAUUCAGGGAAUGACCAUCAUGUCAUCACGACCUCCAGACAGAAAGUCUCACAUGUUUAUUUCACACCUGUCCCGCCACGUCAGGGACAUCGGCCAAUGAGAGCGCGACAAAAGUCAAAUGUUUUUAAGUUCUUUAUUUUUGCAGUCCUGUCAGUUAUAUCUGUUUAUAUUCAUGGAAAAACACGAGAUACUACUUUGAUUGUGUAAGUUUCUGUUUUAUGAGUAUUUGAUUGAUGAUUGUUAAUAUUUCAGUCGAUUGAUCUCCUUGAAUUUCAUUCCUAAUCCUCGCCCAGUUCGAUCGUCUUCAUUCUGACAUUUCCACUGAAAUCGUUGAAGUCGUACGAUAAAUCACUUCGCCUGGUUCAGCUGUUCAGAAAACACGAGUACUGAAAGUUAGUUUGUCGUCUUUAUCACAGGAAGAUGAAGUUUAACGUGAGUUUUAAAGAUGCUGAUGAUAGCUCGAUCUAAGCUAGCUGUGCUCGCUGGUUUCCGCUCUUUGUGGUUGAAGUUUUAGUUUUAAUUAAACAUGCGCUGAUAAAUCGUCCGAUCGAUUGACGCCGAUUUCCAGGAUCGGUGAUUGGCUGAUCCUAACACAUAAAACCGAUUUUAUCCACCGAUCUUAUCGACCUCAGCAAAGGUCUGAAAGUCAGAAUGACAGGCCCGCCAGUUCAGUUUGUCCUGUCGAUUUUUAUUUUACUAACUUCUUUAAACCUUUUGAUUUCAUUUAUCUGUUGAAGUAAAAUACUGCUGUACAUUUGGUUUGGUAAGAGGCUCAAAACAGACCUGCAGUCUGACCUGUAUGUGACCAAGUACUGUUAAUUUAGGAACUGAUAUAAUUUAAUAGUUUGGACAGAAAUAUUCUCAACUUUUCAUUUACAUUAGAGAGAACGACCUCAUGUGCAGUUAAACACAAGAAGGUUGUAUUGUUCCAUAAGUAUUGUUCUAUGUUUUUCAUUCAAAUAAGAUCGGAGCAUCGAAGGUGUUUGUUGUCAGUUAUAAAAAAAAUCAGUAUCUGCAGGUCAAGCUUUUUAAAGAUCGGUGCAUCUCUAGUUCUAAUAAACUCAUGUAUUUAGUUGAUUUUAAUGCUCAGAUUUCCCUCCCAGAGUUGGUCUCUGAGUGAACUGACUGUAAGAGUGGUUAUGGUUGGGAAAGUUCGGGGCGGGGUAAGUAAGUAUUGUUUAGUUGUUAUCGAGGGGAGCAGACAUUCUUGUGGCGUCUCUGAAGCGUAAUUAUGUACACGGCGGUGUUUGCGCUCUAAUGGAAGAGCUCCUCGAGUCUCCAGCCGUACAGACGAGCGGACACUGAAGUGUGAGAGUUUGAUUUACCGUCACUCUGAGCUGGAUUUCUAAAACGAGAGUUUGUACGUUUGUGUUUGUUCGGUAUCUCAGGACUGAACGUGAACCCCGGUGUGCGUCCGUGUUUUCAGGGUCGCUCCAGGCCAAACGGGUCACACAGGGUUGAACCUGCGAUUGUGUGCGUUUCCACCAAGAGUGGGCACAACCUUAAGGGACCCUCGUGAGUGCGCUCUAACCAGACAACAUGACCAGUCAACCUCUGAGGUCAGACAUUGUGGCGCAGCUCUGUAACGCUCCACUCAUCCGUUCACAAUAGGGAUUUGCUUUCUAAAUCUGUCUGCUUACUUUAGGGGCUCGUCCCGCCGCCUCUGUUUGCCUCCAGAGCCACAUCACACGAGCGUUUCUGCCAAGAGGUUCGAGCAGCAGGAUCGCGUUCACCUUCGAGAGAAAGGAAGUGGAGCUGCGGUCGAGCUGCGAGGAGGAGUGUAAACAAUGAGCGGCUGUACUCUGAGCGCCUUAUUUUAGACGUGUGCGGAGUAAUCACAAUCGACAGUCCGGCCAAGUUAAAAGCCUGGUGUGUAUUUUGGAAAGUUCUGUGUAAAUAAAGAUUUCAGGGAGGGACACGGCGAAAAACUGAGCGCUGGUUGCAGGUGGUGUCUUUCCAUGGCGGCGGCGGCCGCGGCGGGUAUAAGGUUAAAAACUGAAUCUGCUGUUGACUCUGUGCGAGCGCUCUCCAGCUGUAUCAACUGCACUUUGGUCUGUAUUUGGUCAAAAAAAGUGAAUUAUGGGACUGUUCCUCUCCGCUCUGAUAACCGGUAUCUUAUUUUGGGAACAUGACACAAAGAUUAGCAGGAACUUUCAGCUCCGUGUGCAGCUGUUAGUAAAGUGUUGUAGUGGAGUAAAAACUCAACAAAAACACUCAAAAAUGAAGAGUUUAACAUCUGGAUUUAGUCAAGCAGAAAGAAAAUCAGUCAUGAUGAAAUACCCAAAUAUUUACUUUUACUACAGUAGAAGUACAGCCUUUAAAAUCUACUUGAAGUCCUGAGUAUUAAUCCCUUUAACCCUCCUGUUAUCCUUGAGCUCAAUUUGACCCCAUUUAAAAACAUCAUAGUUGACUUUUCUUUGUUUUGCUUCAUAUUUUAUGACUUUUCCUGAUUAGAUGGGACGACUGAUUAAGCAUAAAAUGAUCAUGAUGAUAUAUUUUUAAUGUGCUGUACAUUAAAUUUGAUCCCAAGCUGUUUCGGCUGUGUAAAACAUGCGUGUGUGUGUGUGUGACCCAACAUCCCCGUACCUACAGAUGAAGAGCUGAUACUUUUGAGUUGAUAACAUAACAGGUAGAUGGAGAAAACGACUAUUCCCUCCAGAACUUGGUGUGGACAUGUGGGAAACGACUUGACUCGCACCCAAUCGUUCAAACUAAACUACAAAUCCCUUUAAAAUGAUCAUCUCGUUCGUUUUCUUCCGCUUCGUCUGGGUCGCAGCUUCAGGAGGGAAGCCCAGACGGCCCUCACCCCAGCCACUUCCACCAGCUCCUCCUCCGGGGGGAUUCCCAGGCGCUCCCAGGCCAGGCGAGAGAUAUAAUCCCUCCACCUGGUCCUGGGCCGACCACGAGGUCUCCUCCCGGUGGGACAUGUCUGGAACACCUCUAACAGGAGGCGUCCAGAAGGAGUCCUAACCAGACGCCCGAGCCACCUCAGCUGACUCCUCUCAGUUCGACUCUGAGCGCCUCCCGAGUGUCCGAGCUCCUUACCCUAUCUCUAAGGCUGAGCCCGGACACCCUGAGGAGGAAACCCAUUUCAGCUCCAGAAAUGAUUAAAAAAACUACAGAAAGUUACAUAUUUUUGAAAAAGUGCUUUUUGUGAAUGUUUUGGCCAAAAUACAUUCAGGUCACUGUGAAUAAAUAUUUUUUAUAAACAUUUUCAUUUCGUUCUCUUUCCUUUUUCCUCAGUUGCUCAAAAAUCAAGUCAGCAGGAGUUUUGUCUGACCCCAGAAUGCAUCGAAGCAGGUAAGGAGUCACGUUACAUCAUUAUUAAUUAGAACGCCAUCUUUUCUGAGAAUCUACGAGCGUUAAUUUCUUCUUAAGCUAAACUGAAAAGUCAGAGUUUUUCUUCCUUUUCUUUCCAGCGGGGUCUAUCCUGAAUAAGAUGGAUCAGUCCGUGAACCCCUGUGAAGACUUUUAUACCUUCUCCUGUGGGGGGUGGUUAAAGGAAAACCCCAUCCCUGAAGAUUCCUCGUCCUACGGUAUCUAUCCUUGGCUGCGACAGCAUGUGGACAUCCGGCUCAAAGGUUUGUACGCAGAUUCUACAUCUACACCUGAGGUUCAGAGUGUCAGAGGUCAAACUUACAGCACAGGUCCGAGAGGUUCGUUCAUGUCAGGGUCCUGGAUUUGUGUUUUCUGUCCACCAGAGUUACUCGAAGCUCCUGCAGAACCUGAUGAACUGGAGGCGGUGACCAAGGCGAAGGUCCUCUAUCGCUCCUGUAUGAAUGAGAGUGAGUAACAACACACACACACACACACACACACACACACACACACACACACACACACAUUAUAAGAAAUUUCCAGACGCACACACGAACAUGUUUUUGUCACUUCAGAGGACUUUGUACUUGAAAUCAUUCGUCACACAGAGGACCUCCUCUAACCAUCAUGCUAACCACAACAUCUACAACAUAAACUCGAACCUCUUCACUGUAAACUGAAAUCGAGUCCCUGAAUGGAUACACAAACAACAAAACCAAUCACACACACAAACAUGUCUUCAGGUAUUGUGGGGACUAUGGCUUGAAAAAGGAUUUGUUGGGACCCAGAUGACUCAAUCAUCCCGAAUCCAUUUCUGGCUCCAUCCUUAAGUAUAACUCAGCUCUUCAACAGAAACCACAUGCUCACAAACAAAGAGCUCUCUGAACAAGUUCGGACCUCCAGAACAAGUCCCGGUUCUCUUUAAGUCCAAACAGGUUUCCACAUUUGAGCUGUAAGGCGAUAAAAAACACAUGAACACAAUUAUAAAAUUAAAUUAAAUGAGCUCGUAUUGUUCCCUGUGACGUAUGUGUGUCAUAUCAGCAGUAAAAGAAUAAAUAUAUAAAGAGACCUCAUACUGAGGCGUCAUACUGAGUAAUGACUCAGCAUGAAAUCAUCAUUUAUACAUUAUCUCAUCAUUAUUUACUCCCUAUUUGUGUCUCCUACGGUGAAAUGAGGCAAAACUCAGCUUUGUUCAUACAGCAUGUUUCAUACCUGCAGCACAAAGUGAGGAGUAGGAGUUCAAUAAUGAUUAUUAUCUUAUUAUUAUUAGUUAUUCUAUCUACCUAUUGUGAAGGGAGACGUCAUAAUAGUUACCAUUACCUCUAAUGUUCGCAUGUUUAACCCCCGAUUUCCACCGCAUCCAGAACGUCUACGAAAAGGCUGUAUCCGCCGAUCGUAGCUGAUCGUAACCAACUAAAUUUAACGUUCUCUGUGUGCGCUAACAUAGCGAUACUGGAGCAGAUGGACACCAAGCCGAUGUUAAAAACUCUGAAACAGCCGGAGUUUCGGUGGCCUGUUGUGGGGGAUGGGCUCGGCGGGGAGUAUGAGUGGUCGGAGAGGCAGUGGAGCCUCCUGAAGACCCUGGCGCAGAUGAGGAACCAGCACAGCAAGAGUGUCCUGAUCCGCAUCUACGUCUCGCCGGAUGACAAGAACUCGUCACACUACGUCAUUAAGGUCGGACCCCUUCACUUCACAGUUCGUAGUCUUAUUCUUGGUUCGACAGCUGUCCACCUCUGUUUCUAACUUCUAUUUCCUGUCUUUCCGCAGCUCGAUCAGGCGUCCCUGUCUCUGCCUUCCAGGGAAGACUACACCACCAAUUCCUCGUCUGCCCGGGCCGUGAGUUUCCGCUUCAUUUUUCACCCUUUUUUAUUUUUUUUCCUCACCUGUCAUCUAAAAACUCCUCUCCCCGCAGUGGUAAUUUCCUCUCUGUUUGAAUGAUUAAUCGGAGCGAGAAAAUUCAGCCACCUCACUUAUCAGCAGUUCAUGUCGGCUUUUUAUAUCCGCACCUUUGAGUCAGAACGAGAGCAUCUUUCCAGACUCCACAUUUUCACAAACGUUAGACAAUCGUAGUUUCAUAAAUUAACAGUCGGAGAGGCGGCUUGAAUAUUGAUCGCCUCAUUAAGCCAGAACAAAACUGUUUUUUUCCUCUUAUCUGUUAUCUGCUAAUGCAACAUCUUGUUAAUGUCCCAAAACAGUAGCUGUGUGGUAAGUGUUAUAUACGAUAAAAAGUGUUUUAUAAAAUACACAUUGAAAGAGCAUUUAUAACAAAGACGCUUCAGAAAAAAAAGUCAAUAACUAUGAAGGUUAAAUAAUAAUAAAACUGUUUAAAAUGUGACCUACAAACAACAAACAAACAAAAGCAAACAAGAUUAUUAGUAAAGAAACUGUGACUUCUAUUUAUUAUUUUUUUAUUUUUAUUUUUAUUUUUUUAUUUUUUAUUUUGUGUAUUUUGUUAACCAAUGUGUAUCAAGUACUCAACUUCUUGCUUGUAAUUUUUUGCACGAAUUAUAAAUUUAUUUAAAAAAAACAAAGAAAUUAAAAUCUUCAAAAUAUUAUUUAAAAAAAAAAAGAACCUUAAGUAAAAAAAAACAAAACAAAACAAUCAGUGGCAAAGAAACUGUGAUUGUUUUAUUUAUGAUUAAGUUUGCAUUCUUUUAUUUAUUUAUUUAUUUUUUUAAUUUUGUGUCUGUUGUUCACUGAUUUGUGUCAAAUCUCUUCUGUCUUAUAAUGUGUCACACAAUUUUUUUUUCAAAAAACAAACAAAUUAAAAUCUUAACAAAUUACUUUAAAAAGUUAAAUUAAUAAAAAAAUCAGUAUCAAAGUAACUGUGGUUUAUUUAUUUAUUUAUUUAAUUUUGUGUCUCUUGUUCACCAAUUUGUGUUGAGUCACUUUUUUCUCGUAAUGUUUUGCACAAAUAAAAAUUUAUUUAAAAAGGUAAAUUUAAAAUCUUUAAAAAAUUACUUGGGAAAAAAAAAGACCAUUAAGUAAAAAAAAAAAAAAAAAACAAUAAUUGAUCCUGAAUCAUUUUUAGCAUAUGUGUGGAGUUUUUUUUUAUGUUAAAAGAAAACUUCUUGGAAAUUUAACAGAUACAUUAAGGUGUAAGGUACAACUUUGUCCAUGUGAGUUGUUGAUCUCGACACGAACAGAAAGUUCCGCACAGGAGCUUUAAAAUUGUCAUAUACUUCUUCUUCUCUUGUUUUUUUCUGUCUAACAUUCAACAUUAAAAACCGACGUGAGCUGAAAAGAUGUCGACAGGAUUGAAACGGUUCAACAUUUCCUAAUAAAUUCAGAUCCUGAUAUCAUGACGGCACCUGUGUCUGGAUGUCACUCGCUGAUUUAUGUCGGAUGCUGGCGUCUAGUGUUUUGUAGUUGCAGUGUCAGGAGCUGACAUGACAUUUCCUGAUGACAUUUCCAUUUUUCUCCCCCCCGCCCCCGUUCCCUCUUUUUUUUUUCAGUACCGUGCAGCCCUGCUGAGCUUGAUGGUAGAUACAGCCGUCAUGCUGGGCGCUCCACAGAAAGCAGCUCUGACCCAGAUGGAAAAGGCUCUGGCUUUUGAGACCAAACUGGCUCAUGUAAGGACAUCAUGUCAGAUAAACUCAGUCCAGGAUUUAGAAAAAGGUCUCAGUGGUUCUGGAGCCCAUUAAAAAACUCUGUCAAAUAUGAAACUGAUUCAACUUAGACCAGCUCUUUUAACUUUACGUCGGUAUAAUGUCACUAAUUCUCUCUGCAGAUCCUGAUCCCCUACGAAAACCGCACCAGUGAGAGCAUGUACAACAGAUACACGCUUUCUCGCCUGCAACGCACCAUACCUCAGGUAGAGUGAUGCAUUUUCUGCAAACCCUACAAACAUACAUGUUUUUUACUAUUAUCUUUACUAUGCAACUGAGUUUUCGAGCAGUGACAGGAAGCUCGUCUAAAACACUGACUCUGAGGACUUGAACCUUAGACCGCCAAAGAUCACUCAGCAGCUGACAGUCAAUCAGUGUGUUUACAUGCAGUUAAAAAAUGAUUAAUUAAUUAUUAUUUAUAAUCUUUAAUUUUUUUGUUUUUGUUUUCUAUCUAUCUAUCUAUUAUUAUUAAUUAAAUUAUUAUUACGUAAACAUCCUUUAAACCCUCAUUCUAACACGGCCUACCUUUGUCCUUUGCCCCGCCCCCUCUGCAGUUUGAUUGGUUGGGUUUCGUCAGAGCUGUGGUGGAGUCCAAAACCGACCCGGCUCGGUCCAUCUCCUCCUCUGAGCCCGUCAUCGUCCGAGCGCCGCAGUAUUUCAAGGACCUGGUCAAGCUCCUGAACUCCACGGAUCCCAGGUAGACACACACACACACACACACACACAAACACACACACACACACACACACACUCUGAGGCCUGAGGGCUCCUGUCUCUCAUUAUCAGUAUAUUAUAGAGUAUAAUGAGAUUACAUGAAGGCUUUUAAUUAAUGGACCUUCUCUCUCCCUCUCUCUCUCUCUCUCUCUCUCUCUCUCUCUCUCUCUCUCUCUCUCACUCUCUCUCUCUCUCUCUCUCUCUCCCUCUCUCUCUCUCUCUCUCUCUCUCUGUCUCUCUCUCUCUCUCUCUCUCUCCCUCUCCCUCUCUCUCUCUCUCUCUCUCUCUCUCUCUCAGGACUGUAGCUAACUAUGUUCAGUGGAGAACUGUGUUUUCCAGGAUCACCACUCUGAGUCGUCGUUUCCUCUACAGAUACCUGGACUACGCUCAGGUCGGCACAUGAACAGUCUUCCUGAAAUCGUCUCUCAUGAGUCUAAGUGGAUAAAAACUCUAUAAAGACAUUAAAUCAUGUGACAUAUGGGCUGUUAAACGUGACUUCUGCAUUAACAGUUGACUCUUUGGGCUGCACAUGUCUGCAAAUCUUUGAAUCUGUCAAAAACCACUUUAUAGAGGAAAAACGGUCCUACAGCCGACGACAACUCCUGCUCCCACGAUCUAAGACUCAUCCUUCGUUAACUUUACUUCCCUGCAACCAUAAAUCUGACAAAAAUGGAUUAAUCUGCACAAAAACCCAAACAAAGAUGAGUGUAAAGCACCAGGAUGGGAACUCUAAACUGUUCUCUGUUUGUUUUAAAUAUUUUAAAGGUUCAUCUACUAUUAAUAAGAGCUGCUCUAGAGAUCAUUCAGAGAGUCGGGUCGGUACCAAAAAGGCUGAUACUGUUCAGUGUUCUCGGUUUGUCCGCCACAAAUCAAAACUGAGGGUUUUAACGCAGAGCUGUGUCAAACCGUGCUUUUAUUUUGAAGGAGAGAUAUUACACAGAUGUUGACCAUUUGCAGUGACGUCUCCUGAGUUUAUCUUCAUAUUUUAUUCAGUAUUUCUUUGACUCUGUGUCUGUUAUUGUACAUGAGCUCUUGGCCUUGUUAUUAAGAGUGUAUUUUAUUUUGGCGGUCUCUCUCUCGCUCUCUCUCUCUCUCUCUCUCUCUCUCUGGUUGUAAACUCUUUAAAUCAUAAAUAAGGACAGGUACUUUAAAAAGAUAAACAGAGACGGAGCUGAGAUUUCAGACUCAUGAUACAAGGUCACUUCGUUUGCAGUUUGUAUUCACGCUUCAUCACUCCUCCUGCAGAAACACGCCGUUAAAUCAGCCGCCAAUUAUUAUUAAGAAACUCAUUAAUAGAUCCGACCUUCAGUUAUGUAACCGCAUUUUAAUUCGGCACCACUACGUCAUCUUUUAAAUAGAGAACGCUUCAGUUUUUCUGUGUUUCUAUAAAUAAAGAUGAAAUUUAGUAUUUUUCCACCAUGACUGACUCGUCACCGUGUCAUUGCCCUCUGCAGGUCACCACAGGAACCACGUCCCUCACGCCGCGCUGGGAUAAGUGCGUUAACUACGUGGAGAACUCGCUCGUCUACGCCACCGGACGCCUCUUCGUCGACACGCACUUCCAGGAGGACAAGAAACACAUGGUGGGUUCAGGUUUCAGACGCGAUCAAUCAACCUGGAGUGUGGGCUGCAUGUUGAAGUUUGUGUGUAUAAGAGUGUGUAACAAAUGUACAGGUGUGUGUGUGUGUGUGUGUGACGUGAGGAUGAUGUAAGAGUGUGUGUUUAUUUACAUGAGCUGUUUGUGUUCUUUGGUUGAUUUAUGUUUGUGUCACCUUGAAUUUACAUGACAUGAAAUCUAAUUAGUGUGUGUGUGUGUGUGUGUGUGUGUGUGUGUGUGUGUGUGUGUGUGUGUGUGUGUGUCAGAUGGAGGAGCUGAUCGAGGGCAUUCGUUGGGCGUUCAUUGACAUACUGAAGAAGGAGAACGACUGGAUGGACCCGCCGACCAAAGAGAGAGCCAUCGAGAAGGUCAGACGGAGAGCUGAGAGACGAAACUCAGAGUUUAGAAAACCUUUAAAGGGAUAUUCCGACAUAAAAUUAAUUUAGGGUCAAACACCGAGUUAGACCCAGAGAUGAAUGUUGUCGACCGCUUACUUCUCUAGUUAUACCAACUUUAGUAACGACCGCAGGAUAGCAAUACAGAGAGCCACGCCCCCAACCAAAACGCCACUCUAUAGCCACAAAUAAUGCUCAGAACAGCACCUAACUUCAUCAACAGGACAUAUAGGGUCACAGACAUAGUACUAGACACCAAACAUCUUUUUAACUUUGACUCAUUUCUUUAGCAAAGAGACUAAACACAACUCACCUGCUCUCUUCCAGCAGACGCUUGUUUGUAGUGAGACCUCGGGCCAGUCCAUUAGGGACUACAGCGGGGUGACGCAGCUCAAGGAAGAACAUUUAUGAUCAUUUCUUUAUCAUUUCCUUGAAGUAAUAAUCACCAUAUUAAUCAUUUUACAGACGCGGUAGUUCUUCUGUCUUAGCGUCUCGGUCUGAUUGUAUUUCCAUGGAGAAAUGAUCAGGUGUUUGAGAUUUUUACUUGUUUGGAUUUUUUAUUAACUGAAUGAAAUAAAGUAUGAAAAUGAAAAAUGAAGAAAAUUAAAGAUAGAAAAGUUAAAGUAUGAAAAAUUAUGGCGCCCCCUGUGGACAAAGCUCGUCCUCUACAUGCAUGAGUAAUAUUCACUUCAUCCUCCCUGCAUCUGUUCAUGCAGAUCUUGUUUGUCUGGGAAUAAAUCUGUCAUAUUCUCAAAACCCUCAUCGACCAAACCUUGACCACAUUUUCAACAUUUUUCAACGGUCUCAUCUCAAGUGUUUCCUGAUUCCGACACGAUGACAAACUUCACAUCAAAGUUUCACUAACAGCGUUUUUAAACAUCAACAUCAACAAGCUCAAAACGAAGAUUUAACUUCGCUGUCUGUGCUCGAACAUAAAGUGAUUGAAGUUCUGAGUCUGACAGAUCUGUACCGUGUCGUCUCUCAUCUCUCCGUCUGUUUCUUUCCUCUGAUGGAGCGAGUUUCUCCUUGAACUGAAUCACUUCUGCUUGAACAGCUUUCAGACAAAGACACUUGAAAACAUCAGCAGCUGAACCGACUCCAGUUUGGAGUUACGAAGACUUCAUGUACUCAGAUCCUCUCAGAACUUUCAUACUUCGACUGUUUUGUUCUCUGUUUGAAUAUCUUCGUCUGUUUUCUGGAUUUCUCCAGGCUCACGCGGUCUUGGCUAAAGUCGGUUACCCAGAGUUCAUCCUGAACGACACCUACCUCAGUGAAGACCUGAAGCAGGUCUGUGUGUUUUAACGCCGUCUUUGUUUUCUGACUCUUCCUCUGGCGUACUUUGUUAACGUCUUUUUUACCCGUGUCUGUUUCAGCUAGAGUUCGAUGAGAAGGAUUACUACGGGAACGUGAUGCAGACGCUCAAGUUCAUCGCUCAGUCCGAUCUCGCCUGGCUGCGGAAAAGUGUCCCGAGGACAGAGUAAGAGGCGACGCAGACGUUUGUCGACACGCUGUGUGACUCUAUUUUGAUGAUUUUGUGUUUUUGUUGCAGGUGGUUUACCAACCCCACGACUGUAAACGCUUUCUACAGCUCCUCCACGAACCAAAUCAGUAAGACACAUCCUCGGGUCCAUCACUCAGAGUCUGAUCUUUCAUUUCUGAAGGAGGCGACACGACACCUCAGCGGUUUUAAUUAAGUCUCUGCUCAUGACAGUUUUUUUUCAGGGGAUUAUUCUCCCCUAAAGAUGGCUGAGUCUGCAGUUUACAGUCAGGAGAGAUCGAGAAUUUGCAUAAAAAAUCACAUAAAGAGUUGACUUUAUAAAACAGGGGGAGUCUGAUCUGUUUAAUAAAAGAUUUUCAGCAACAAAUCAGAAAUAAACAGGAUAAUUAAAGGUUUUUAAAAAGUGACCCGACCUUGUGAGGAGUCACUUCUGCUCGGAAACACAAACAAAAAGCUGUUUUUUUAAUAUUUUGUCUUCUAGGAUUUCCUGCCGGAGAGCUUCAGAAACCUUUCUUCUGGGGACGCGAGUAUCCAAGGUGAGAUCUGUGAGAAAAACGACACGCUCUGCUAACGAAGCGAAGAAACGCCACCUCAUGAUUUUACCCAGGAGCGAGGUGACACUGCGAGACGAUAAUUAUUCUGACGCAGAGACAGAGAAGAGGUGUAUCAUUGAGACCUGUGUGUAAACACCAGCGUUUAAAGAGCGACCUCAUUCCCAACAUUAGAGUAAUAAAUAUAUAUGUUUCUCAGUAUGAAUAAAUAAUUCACAAAUUAAUCAGAUUUUUAGAGUAAAAGAGAAGAAAGCAAAAAAGAAAUUAAAGCUGCUAUAAGGAACUUUUAAUUUGUGUUGGUUUUGGCGCCCCCUGUGGACAAAGUGACACCUCUUACCUCUUGCCAAAGUCAUUUUUCAUACAAAUAAAUAAACUAUUGUCUGACGUUCCCAUUUGAUUUUAAAGGUCAUAAAGGGUCAGCGGUGUCAGUUUUUGGUUAUUUCUCAAGAGUCUAAAAACUCCUCACUGUGCCUUUAAUUAUUAGUUUCUGAUUGUUUCUAAAUCCUUUUUUAUAUUUGAGUUAUUUUAAUCCAGAGAACAUUAAAAAUCACAGUUUUGGUCGUCUUAGAUCUUAUGAAUAUUUUACAUCCAAAGAUUUUGACAUGAGCGAUCUUAUUAGAUCUGUUUUCACACAAUUCUUGAUUUUAAAAUAUCCGGUUUGAUUCUGAACAUAGAAAGACAAAUUUAAAGAUGGUGAGAUCCAGACGUUAUCUGUCUGUUUGUGUGGAGCUCCUAAAAUCAGGAUUAAUUCUCAGCUGAAAGUUAGAAUAUCAAACUUUUAAAGUCUGUUGACUUUUUACUGAAAAAGCUUUUUUGGAAAAGACACGGUAGAGAGUCUUAUUUUGUAUGUAAAACACUUUGUGAGCGUUGUGACUGCUUUAUAAAUCAAAUUAAACUGUUUUUGUUUUAAAGGUCUUUAAGUUACGGCGCCAUCGGGGUCAUAGUCGGACACGAGUUAACGCACGGCUUUGACAACAACGGUAAAAACACCAGAUUUAAAAUCACCCAAAAUUAAUAACAGAUUUUAGACUUAGUGAAGCUGCAGUUUAUUUAAUGUUUUUUAUUAACAGGCCGCAAGUACGACAAAAACGGGAACCUGGACCAGUGGUGGAGCAACUCGUCUGUGACGGCCUUCACUGAGAAGAACCAGUGUAUGAUCGACCAGUAUAACAACUACCACUGGGAGGAGGCGGGCCUUAACGUAAGAGAUUUACUCUUUAACAAACUGGAUUUAUCCAAUUCAGUCUUUAUAAUUUACUAUAUCAUUUCAUUUCAGGUGAGAGGGAAGAGGACUCUGGCAGAAAACAUCGCAGAUAACGGAGGAAUACGAGAGGCUUUCAGGGUACCAUCUUCUUGAAUUAUCUGCCUCUGCGAGUUUAUUUUAGUCUCGACAAAUCUAUAUAGUCAUAGAUUUGUCUUAUUAGUUCCAAGUGUAACUUAAUUUAUUCUGUAUGAUAUUAGCUGCUCCUGUGUGUUUUAUUAUGAAUCUGUAUUUUACUGUAUCUAAACUGUCGUGAGUGUAGAAGGACUCUGUCUUGAUGCCGUUUUAAGAGAAAGAGAAAGAGAAAAGAGUCGAGUCUUUGUCUUUGUCGUUGUGUUCAGGCGUACAGGCGGUGGGUGGAUGAGAGCAGAGGUGGUGUGGAGGAGCCUCUGCUGCCAGGAGUCGGUUUGAACAACAACCAACUCUUCUUCCUCAGCUACGCACAUGUAAAAAAAAACACACACACACACACACACACACACACACUAUUUUUACAAAUUCACCAGCUCUUUCACCUGCUACAACAUUUCUGCAUUGAUAACUAAAUAUACUGGCAUUUCUUUGGUGAGAAGCUUCUUUACCGAUCACAGGAAAUAAACGUAUAAAACUAAAAAAAAAAAAAAAAAAACGUGUUUAGUUCCUUCAAGGAUUUCAACACUGUGUGAAACUUCAACCACAUUAAAAAUAAUCUUUAUUCUGUUUGAGGAUGUUUGACAUAAAUGACUUUUCUUUUCUCACCUGUGUAUGGAUAUAAAAAAAAUUUAAUGACUUUUUUUAAGAGGUUGAAGAAAUUUGGAAAUAUUUGGUAAUUUUUAAAGCAAAAUUUCAUAAAGUUUGAAUUGGAAAUUUUUGUUAGAUUUGACAAUGAUGUGUGAAUAUUUAUGAUAACUUGUUUUUAAAUAUUUAAUAAUUUAAAAUAUUUUAUGCAAUUAAAAAAAAUGUGAAAAAGAUUGCAAAAACUUUGGUGGGUUUUAAAAGACAUUUUCAAAAUUUUCUUCUGAAAUUUUCAAGUUUUCAAAAAUUUCGGGGAAUUUUCAAAGAAAUUUUUUGUGACUUUUAAUAUUUUUGUCUGUAAAUAGUUAUAGUAAAAGUCAUUUUUGAGAUGUCCAGGAUUUUUCUAUGUGAUUUAUUGAAGAAGUUUAGACUCUGGAUGAAUUUGUAAGAUUAUUUUAUCUUAUCUUCUUUUACAGUUGCAUUUUUUGAAAAUUUUGGAGUUUGGAGAACUUUCUAAAAAAUGUUUUGUAUUUCCUUCACAAAAAAAAAUCUAUAUUUUUCUUAACUAACAAAUUGUUUUUUUUAGAAUUAAGAAUUUUUUUUUUUUCUGAAUAAACCAGAUAUUCACUUUGUUCAUGUAGAAAAAACAUCAAUUUUAUUUUUCCAAUAAAAUCUUCUCAUAAUUCUUCGAUAAAUAUUUCAUUAAUUCAGAAAAAGGGCUGAACUUUUUAAGUUGCAAAAAACUAAAUGGAGCAAAAUUUAGUUUCAUUAACAUUUUUUCAUAAUUAUGUGAUAAUUCUCUUGUUAAUUGAGAAAAUCGGAGCAGAUUUUUUUCUCUCUUUUGUGAAUCUAAUACACUCAUGUAACUUUCAAUGAAAUCGAGACAGAAACUUGUAAUGGGAUUUAUUUUCGUAUUUUUAAGAAUUUAUGUCUCCUUAGUGUUAUCCACAUAUGUCACAAGAUUCAUCAUCUAUAAAUAUGUCACACAUGUGUAUUUAAAUGUAUGUUUGCUAAAUUUAAAUACACAUUUAAUUAAAGUGUAAUAAUAAAAAAGCAUAAAAAUUUUGAAAUUUUCCAUCUUUUGUAUUUUCUGCUGCAGGUCAGAUGUAACUCGUACAGACCAGAGGCCGCCAGGGACCAGAUCCAGAGUGGUGCUCACAGUCCGCCAAAGUACAGGUGGGUACACACACACACACACACACACACACACACACACACACACACACACACACACACACACACACACUCUGAUUUAAUCUGACCUCUGACCUCCGUGAUCGCUGUUGCCCUGCAGAGUUAUCGGAGCGAUGAGUAACUUUGAAGAGUUUCGGAAAGUGUUCAGCUGUCCGGAGUCCUCAGUCAUGAACCGAGGCGCACAGUCCUGCCGGGUAUGGUGACCUUUGACCUCAGCUUUGUCUCCUGAUCCGGGUGUCAGGACUUUUAAUGAAGCGCCGGUAAAAACGCCGGACUUGGCCGCCACAGUGUCCAUGAUGUGGAAACGAUGAAGCAGACACGUUCUGGUGAAGACUCCGGCGCUGUUCGGACACGUUUGGAGAAAACUGACAGGAGUGUUUUUUUAACGGGCUGUUGUUUACUUUCACUGCCAUCAAUCUCUCACUUUUUCCACUGGUUCAUCACAUGCACAUAUUUCAGCUACUGCUUAAAUUAAGACUGAAGCUAACCGCUGAAGACUGUAAUUUAUGGAUCAUUGGAGUGUUGUACAAAAGAGCUUUAUAUGUACUUUAAGUCUGAUUUGAUAAAGCUAGGAUCUGUCUUUUGGAAAUAAAAUGUUUAUAUGAAAUAAAA